UUAAGCUGUCAAGAAUCACAAACUGAAGAGUGUCAGUAGAAUUCAAAAUAGUGUUGUAGUGCAAAUGUUUUUAUUGAAUAAUUAUAAUAACUUUAAACUUGUAACUAAAUUCAUAUGAUUUGAUGUUAAUAUUAUAAUAAAAUCUAACGAAAUGGACAUCAACGAAGGUACAACUACAGAAGACUUAUGGACACCAUAUAAGGAAUUAGCAGCUGUUGUGGAGAGUUACCUCACUAACGAAAGUAGCGGCGUGCCUUAUUCUGUGCAUACAUUCGAGUCUGUUCUACGAAGACAUAAACAAACAUUUUUGUCGCUCUUAAAAAACCCUGCUAAGAAUGCAGCCAGCAGAGAAGAAAUCAAGCUAGGCAUCACAGAAGGAGUUAACUUGCCCAGCAUCGGUAGGACUUUACUGUCAAAGGAGUUGGUUGAUGAAGCUAUAAUUAUCUCCGAUAUGUACAAUGCAAAUGAAUAUGCCUGCUUGGAGUUACUUCAUACAGCACAGUGUCAGAGCUCACGGCGGCCGGGGCUGGCACGCGGUCUACUGGCUGUGUUGUUGUAUUACGAUGGCAGAAGAGCACUCGUACAGGCCCUCAAGGAGCUGGUCAUGGCUAAGGACGGUGUGUCAUGGUCAAUCAAUGCCCGCGAGGAGGUGGUAAGCUAUGUUUCCCGAUACGUGGGUCAGUUGGUGUCUGAUGGCCUCCUGGGUGGUGUGAUGAACGCUCUGCAGCGCUGCGAGCUGGACGCCGAGCUCGACCUCCUGCGACGGAACAGAGCGCUUCCACCUCCCACAUACCACGUCCGGCUCGUGGCCAGCAUACAGAACACUAGGAAGUUGCUGGCCGGAGUUAUUUUCGCGGCGUCCGCUCAAGGCGGCCUGGAAAGAGAUGUGCUGCUGAGACUAUUGUCAGAGCAAAUGACUUCGCCAUCUAAGGGGCCGACGGGCGCUCUGGAUGAGAUAUCUUUAGCUCUUCAAAUGGCGCUGCUGUAUGCCUUGGAUCUGUCGGUCCUGCACAGGCGGGAAGACGGCGAGGAACUGGCUAAGAAAUUACCGUUAAUACAAGACGCGGACCUGAUAUCGGUGUUACUGGACCAGCUGUCGCCGCCGGCCAGCCAGAGCCACGCCGAGGAAGAGAAGCCCAAUGGACUGAAGGCUCUGUGCCAGCUGUCACUAGGGCUGGCACUCGCCGCGCUGAAGAGGGCGCCCGUGUCGCUGCUGAGACGUGCCGACCCUAAGACGGAGCUGUUGGACCAGGAUGAGAUGCUGGUGGAUGCGGCCAUAGACGGUGGAGUGUUUGAGUACCUGGACGAGGCCAUCCUGUCCAGCGAGCUGGUGUCCUCCGAGGAGUACUACCAGCGCAGGAUACACUCCCUCAUCACGGACUUCAUUGUCCUCAUGCACUCCAAACUCAUGGAGAUGAGAGUCAAAGCCGAGGAGUCAGCUCGGGCGGCCCAGAUGUUCCAGGCGGAGGGUCUGACCGCGCCGGCGUCUCGGUCUCGUCUCCAGGCGUUGCUGCGGUGUGUGGAAAGAGCCUAUCAACACGACCCGCUAGGCCUCCGCAAAGACUACUGGCUGGCGUGCGAAGCCUCCGCACACUCUUAUAGGGCCGGUGGUCGGGCGGCCACCCUGUACAAGUUCGUCCGUCUGUCGGGGGAGGUGGUGGUGGCGGCGCUCCUGCCAGCUUACCUCCGCGCCCUGGCGGCGCUCGCCGUGCCCAAACACACGUGGGCGCUCCUGGCCCGGCGGGACGCGCUCUCCGCACAUCACUUACUCACAGCGCUGUCACUGUACCAUCGCAACCUGCGCGCUGACCCCUCGCCGUUCUCCGAGCUGUCUCAUUCGGCGUCUCUGGGAGCUUCAGCUGUGGUGUCUUCACUGCAAGCCUCGCACGCCCCGCACUCCGCCCCACUCAGACCUGGCAGACUUCUGGUGCGACAGGAAGAGGUGGAGGCGAUGAUAGCGGCGUUGAAGCUGAUAGCGGCCGUGGCGCGCGAGGACGAGGCCGCCUGCACCGCCAUCUGCGAGAACUUACAGUGGGACGCCGUCAACUGCAUGUUCGGUCUGAUCUGCUGCCACGUCCCCCUCCAGCUAAAGGCGGAGCUGUGUGUGUGCGUGGGUGCGCUGGGAGGCCGGGCCGCCACCGCGGGUAGGGUGUGGUCCGCGCUGGAGUCCGCGCAUCUCGUCAGCACCGCUAAGGACAAGAGGGCGCUGAAUGCGGAACUGCUCGAGGUCGAAUGUCGCAUGGAGGAGUACCCUCUGUCUCGGGCGUUCCUCGUCCUGCUGGACUCGUUGUGUUCCGCGGGACCCCUGCCGCGGACCCUGGGGGCCGGGUCUCGCCCGCCCGGUCUGGACCCCUACGUGGAGCACGUCCUGAACCGCGUCGCCCUCCCCGCCCCGCACAGGCCGUACACUCGACCCAGCGAGAAGUGGGAGAUUCUGUCGCUCUGUUUCCGCCUCUUCACGUGUUGGUUGGAGCAGUACGAGCCGUCCGCCAGUGACUUCCCUCCCCCCAACAGGGAGCCGGAAGCGAACCCUCCCCCCGGGUUCCGUCUCCUCUUACAACUGCAUACGAAAUCUGAGAUGUUGCGACUCGUGUUGACGUCACUGGACGAAGCGCACGAACUGAUGGACAGACAGCCGUCCCCGGAGCAGGUGUUCGUCCAGCGCACGUUAGUAAGUUGUCUACAGCUGCUGGAGCGCGCGUUGUGUCUGGAGCGCGCCCUGAACGCGGCGGCGGCGGAGGCCGGCCGGGCUGUGCUGGUGGUGGGCUUGUCCAAGCUCAUACUGGCGCCCGAGGGUCCGCGGAACACCGACCGUCUGAUCACGUGCUGCCGCGUGCUGCAACACGUGUCGGUGCUGCCGGAGGCCGCGUCCCGCGCGGUGUGUGUGCUGGUGCGCGCUCUGGCCACCCCCUCCACCGCCAGACACCUGCUGGCUGCGGUGCUGCAGAGACACGAACUGGCUUUGGAGAUAAGGCAGGGCUUCGUGGAGUGUCUGGAGGCCGAGGAGUGGGGGGGCGGCGCGGCAGAUCACGUCCGCUCAGCCAAGGAGGGGGUGCUGGUGUUGUUGCUGCAGCUGCUGCCGGCCGCGCCGCCGUCAUUAGCCCACUACCUAUUGGGCUACAACGUCACCGACGAUAUAUCUCGCAGCGUGCUGCAGGAGGCGGGCGGGGGCGGCGCGCCGCGGACCUGCUUCCACUCGAUACUGGACAUACUCGAGGCGUACAUCGCGCCCGCGGGAAAUACACACAAGGAAGCGACAACCCUCGUUGAAAGUUGCUACAGGCUGCUGUACUGGAUCUGCGCCCGACCAGCGACCUCCGGCCCCGCCCUGCGUCUGCUGAGGGCGAGGGACUACUUCCUCGCCAGACACGUCAAGGCCACCGUUAAUUUGGAGAACGCGUCAGUGGCGACCAUCUCAGCUCGUUCGUGGGUACUCCGCGCGUGUGCGAGUGCGGCGGGAGCGGCGGGGGCCGGACGACACCGUGCAGCGCUCCAAGCGCUGUUGUCAGCGCUCGCAGCGACGCCGAGUCAUCACACGCAGGAGUGGGAGUGGUGUGUGAUCCGCCGUUCGUUGGAGUCCCUGCCCGUGUGCGUGUCGUCCGUGUGUGAGCCUCGCUGGGAGCUGUUCCACGCUCACCACCUGCGACAAGCCAUCGACGAGUGCGAUCUUCCCACCGGAUUGGGCGGCAAGCGUAUUAGCGUGUCUCGUGUGCACGCUCUCUUGUCGCGGGAGCUGGCCUCGCUGAGAGCUUCCGCGCCCCAGAGAGGACUCGUCGCGGUAGAGAUACAGAAGGUGCUGGAUUACGUGACGGAAGUGAACAAGCAGCGCAACCUCGCCGCCACCCUCGCACACUACUACGACUCCUGGAGACAGCUCACGGAAAUAUUAUUCUGUGUAGCGCCGAACGACCUCCUCAACCUGGAGUCCAAGAAGAACCUCCUCUUGAACAUCCUUCAGGAUCUGCUCAACAAAAUACCUCCAGCGGAAGUGUUGCCGCAGAUAGGGAACCUCGCUUCCGGAACCGUCCUACUGCUUCUGGUGUAUCUCCGUCACUGCUACAUCCUGCAGAAGAGGGAGUCGUCGUUGAAGUCGGCGGAAUUCGAGGCCAGCUUCUUCGGACCCUCCAAUCAGAUCAUGCAAACGAAAUCACUGACUCUCAAGUUCAUUCUGCACAAAAUUUUAAAUUGGAUUCUAGUAGCCGGAGUGUCCACACAGAAGAUUAGGGUGAAUCUGUACGGAGCGCUGUUAAACUUCCUGAACAUCGUCAAUAUCAAGCCCAGUCCGGCGGAUCCGGAGGAGGAGGUCAACGCGACGUACGUCAGUCGCCUGGACAGUUCCAAAGUCAGAUCCGGCAGGGAAGAAUCUACCUUAAAGUCCAUGGCCAUAGAGGUCAUCAACGGCUUCGGUGAGAACCUGUGUUCUAUAGUGUGCAGCGACUGCAUCGGCGGCGGACACGACGUGUGCAGGAUGGUGGCGCUCUCGUGUCUGGACAGCUUGAUAGAAAUAAACCCGGGGACGGACUGGAUGAACACGCUCACCAACCAGGGAUACCUGCGGAGCCUCAUCGACAGCCUGCUGCAGGAUGACGAAGGACUGAAGGAGGCUCUAGAACCGAACCCUAAAUCUCUGCGAGUGCUGUACGUGUAUGAAUCCAAAAUGGCGUUACUUAUUAAGAUCGCGGGGAGCCGCGGGGGGGCGGAGACCGUGUUGUCUCAGGGGGCCCUGUCCUGCCUGGCCAACAUGCGAGUCCUGGACUGUCACCCGGACAUACACACCGGCUACGGCAACCACCACGACACCGAGUUCGUGCCCUCGGUCGCCAAUAGGUUCCGUCAGAUCUUGGUGCCGGCGCUGUCCCUGUGCUCGGCGCUGCUGACGUCCCUGGGUCCCGACAACCACAGCUGCGUGUUGCACGUCACACACCUGCUGCUCACGCACCUGGAGUGUGUGGACGUCGUGCUCAGAGCAGCUCAUCCGAAUUCUCCAGAAGGGCUUCUCGUGGAGUUGGAGGCGUUGACGUCGGUGAUCGCUCGUACGGCGGGUCGCGAGGUGUUCAGCGAGGGCGCACUCCCGGGGACCUCGCUGGCGGCCGCGGCUGCGGGGGCGCGCCGCGUCGCCGGACUCGUCAGGGCUCUGCUGCCGCGGUUCACGCACACGCCCGACCCAACAGACACGCCCGAACACCACGACGCGUUGUAUUACAAGAUCGUGUUCAACCUGCUGCUGUUCGUGAGAAACACAUUAGAGGAGGCCGAUCCCGGGUCGAGGGAGGGGACGGAGGGCGCGGGGUCGGAGGGCGCGGCCGCUCUGUCCGUGCUGCAGACGCUGCUCAAGAGGCAGCACGUACUCGCCAAGUUGCUGGCCACACUGCGGCACCAGCUACAAAACGUGCCCGCUAUGACGCUGUCCGACAUGCAGAAGCUGUUGGAGUCGGGCAGUAGUCCUCAGUCGCCGGUGGAGGCCCGGGCGUGUGUGUUGAGUCGUCUCCGGGAGCGCUCGGGUUCGUGCGGCGCAGCGCUGCAGUGUUGUAGGCAGGCGGCACAGGCGGCGCUGUACGUGGUGUGGGCGGACGCCAGGCGGCUCCUGCGUGGGCCGCCGGCGCUGGGCGGGCCGGGCGUCAGUGGGGCGGCGCGGGAGGCGGCCGUCUCCCUCCAGUCGGAGCUCAGGGCCGUGUUCAACGAGAGGUUCAUCGAUGAACUGUUGGAGACCACGGAGCACCAGCCGGCCAUGGAGCGAGGGUUCCUGGAGGUGCUGGUGAAGGACAUCAAGACCAUGGUGCAGUUCGCGCCCGUCUCGUGAACAGUCCGUUGUUGUAACCCACUUUAGCAUUAAGCCUCGUCAUAAAUGAUUUUCUCA